AAAGGUGAUGUCGAUAUUCGAUAAUAUUUUUAUAUUCACUAGGAUUAGGAUUUGAGAGGGUAACAGAUUGAUUCAUCAAUGGUGGGUUGGUAAUCGUUGCACCACGAAUCCCCGAUUCUGAGUCAUGGAGACCUUCUUCUUGCGUGGAUCCUCACUCAGUUCAAUCCCUUCUUCCUCUCUCAAUCAUCGAUCCACAUUCAGACCCAUUAAUCGCAGACCCUGUUUGCGAGCCCAACAGUCUGAUGGGUCUGCAACUGACAUUCCACCUGGAGAGUUCAAAGUUAGAAAUUCACAAGAUGAAAUAGCUGCAACCCAAGGUAUUCGAAUUCGAAGACGCCCCCCAACCGGACCCCCAUUGCAUUAUGUUGGUCCUUUCGAGUUUCGCUUACAGAAUGAGGGUAACACUCCCAGAAACAUUCUUGAGGAAAUUGUUUGGAACAAGGACACCGAGGUUGCCCAGAUGAGAGGUAAGAAACCUUUAUAUACACUAAAGAAAGCUGUUGACAUGGCCCCACCUCCCCGAGACUUUAUCGCAGCGCUUAAGGCGUCAUACUUGAGAACCGGAAUGCCGGCUUUGAUUGCUGAAGUCAAAAAAGCUUCACCGAGUCGAGGGGUUUUAAGAGAGGAUUUUGAUCCCGUUGAGAUUGCAAAAGCCUAUGAGAAAGGUGGAGCAGCAUGCUUAAGUGUGUUAACAGAUGCAAAGUAUUUUCAGGGAAGUUUUGAAAAUCUAGAGGCUAUACGGAAUGCUGGUGUCACGUGCCCUAUAUUAUGCAAAGAAUUCAUUGUAGAUGCAUGGCAACUCUAUUAUGCUAGAGCAAAAGGCGCCGAUGCAGUUUUGUUAAUCGCAGCUAUUUUACCGGAUCUUGACAUCAAAUACAUGACCAAGAUUUGUAAACUGAUUGGAUUAACACCAUUGGUGGAGGUGCACGAUGAGAAUGAAAUGGAUCGUAUUCUUGAAAUUGACGGGAUUCAACUCAUUGGUAUCAAUAAUCGUAACCUCGAGACAUUUGAGGUUGAUAUUAGUAACACAAAGAAGUUGCUUGAAGGUGAACGAGGCGAGAAGAUUAAACAAAAAGACAUAAUUGUGGUCGGGGAGUCUGGAUUGUUUACCCCUGCGGAUGUUGCCUAUGUACAAGAAGCGGGUGUCAAAGCAAUUUUGGUUGGAGAGUCGAUUGUGAAGCAAAAAGAUCCAACGAUAGGGAUUGCUGAACUUUUUGGAAAAGAUAUAUCCGCAGCAUAACUCGGUUGUUAAAACGUGUGCAACAAGUAGGUUCGUUGGAGAUUGACAAUUUUGCCCUCUUGGUAUUUUGGAGAUCAAUGGAGCAUCAAGCAAGUUCUUCAUCGUUGGUCACGAUCAACACUUAACAUAUGAGUUCAAAGUUCAAAAUUUAUAUGCAAUGUAUGAAAUUGGCGGUUCAUUUGUCACAAUAAACAAAAUCCAAACAUAAAGUAUUUUGCAUUGAAUCAAAUGAUAAACCAGUUUACAAAACCACAUUCUUCACAAAAAAAA